AUGGAGCUCAAGAGAGGAAAGACCUUCAUAAAAUCCAGUGUGCAACAUGAGAAAGUGCCACCAGUGCAUCCCGCUGCUACCAACAAAGAUGAGCUGGGCAAAGAAAAAAAGGCAGCUCUGGAGGGAAACCAAAGUGUGGCCGAAGUGCAGCUGGCAUGUUUGGCCACACACAAGAACUACAGAUUUUCUACCAGAGCAGCAAGGAAUGGAGCUGGCGGUCACAACCUGGAAAAAUCAUCUGGCUCCUCCUACAAGCUUGUAAGGAAGAGUAAAACGCAUGACUGUGUUGCUGAGGCAGACAAAACAGAGCACUGCAGCCCCAGCAGUGGGGCUUGUGAGGAGGGAUUUUUUGGAAAGGGCAAGGGCCGCCUUGUCAAUAGCAUCAGCUUUUCAGGGAUGUCCAGCUCCAGCAGUAAGAAGGAGUGUGUGGUCAGCCCCAGCCAGUCUGCAUGCAGCAGUCAGAUGAUUGAUUACAGGAACUUUGUGCCACAGAUGCCUUUUGUACCAGCUGUCGCAAAAACCAUGCCCAGGAAGAGGAUUUCCCUCAAGAGAUCUAAGAAAGGGCUCAGAGAUAUAUUUCACAUAAGAAAAAAUAAACCAGACAGCCUCUCAUUUCUAGUGGAGAAGGACAAGAACCUGUCUGGACGUCUUGCAAAGUAUCUGUUCAAAACUGCAGAAACUUGUGCAGCUGAUUGCUUGUCACAGGACUGCUCAGACAGUGAACUGCAGUCUGACUCCUCCUACGACUACUGCAACGCCCUGUGUGAAGAUGUUGCCUCCCUGAAGAGCUUUGACUCCCUCACUGGCUGUGGGGAGAUCUUUGCUGAUGAGAGCUCUGCUCACCUGGAGCUGGAGAACAGCAGAGACCUUCUGCUGAGGCGAAGCAAGCACAAAGACAGCCCUGGCAUGGGCUCCUUCCAAGGCGGGGUGGAGCAGCUGGCCUCUCCUGGCCAGAAUGAGACGGUGGAAUUUGCAAAGUUUUGGGACAACAUCAACAAAUCAGUAAGGCUGCAUCAGAGUGCUCUGUUUGAAAAGAAGUUACUGAAGAUACCUGGUUCUGACACAGACAAGGAUGGAAGUCAGGCUGCUGUACCAGUCACAGACUCCCAAGUGUCACCUGAUAAAGAAGGUGACAAUUCCAAAGACAGCUCCACAGAAACAGAAACACCGAAAAGCGAAAACCAGGAAUCCACAUCCACAAGUGAUGAAGGCUACUAUGAUUCUUUCUCUCCUGGACAGGAUGAUGAACUGAAGGAAGCUCAGACCCCUGGUGUUCCAGGUAGAUUUCCAAGAGACAGCUACAGUGGAGAUGCCCUUUAUGAGCUCUUCUAUGACCCAAAUGAAGUCAAAGUAAACCCUAUCCUUGAUGAUGACUUGUGUGCCUCUGAAAGUGUUUCAGAGCAAGCCAUUGAAAUCCCUUUGUCCAUUUACAGCUUUCAUGUUGGAGCUGAGGAGAACAUGGCUUCCCAACCAACUUUAGACAUCAUUAGCCAAGGUUUCUUCCACAGCACAUGGAAAGGCAAAGAAUGUUUGCUAAAGCUCUGUGAUACUGAGCUUUCACUGACCAUGGGGAUAAUAAACUGGCUACGAAAACACUCAGGACUCAUCUCCUCCCCUGACUCUCUUCAGAGUCCUCAAUCACAGCCAGAAAAGUCUAAUGAUUCAUUGAUCCUGCCCAGCCACAGUCCAGAGCAAGAAGGGAGCACAGAAGCUCAGCAGGAGACACCAGGCAAGGGUGAAUCCAAUACAUUUAAUAUAUGUGUGCCUUUGGAGGAGAGCAAUCAGGCAACCCAGGGCUCUUCAGUAAACACUGCUGGAAGAGACCACAGCCUGGCCUCCUGCCUGAACACAUCUGAUCUGGAUUGCCAAGGAAGAGAAGGGAGUCACCACAAGGACCUAUCUGCAGUACCUGGGACUGUGGAAACCAGCAGAUCAUCAAGUUAUGCACCACAAUCACAGGCUAACAGAAACAAUCUGCAGACAUCUUCAACUGAGAAUGAGAAGGUGGGAAUUUCUCUGGGAUGGGAGACAUCCAGAGAUAAAAACUCACUGCCAGAAAAGCUGGCCAGAGAUAGUGGCUCCCAGAGCUCUGAAAAUCCUUCAUUAGAUGAUAAUCACGAAGUAGAAUCAUGUUACUCCUACAAGACUGCUGUGACCUCACUCCGAGAUCCCCUUGAGAGGGAAGACAGAAAUAAACCAAUGUAUCACUCUCUCUCUAUUUCCUGUGACAAGCCACCACAGCCUCUAACCCCCAGUCACUUCCAGAGCUACAUGAGCCCCACAUCAACGGAGAGCAGCACUAACAUAGUGCAGCUCUUAGAGCACUGUGUAACACAGGUGGCAUCAUUAAAAAUCAGCUAUGAAAACAAGCACCUGGAAGACAAAUACAUUGGGAAUGAAAUGAAUAGUAUAAUUCAUAAGAUGUCUCAGUACAAAAACAAGUUAUUGCUGCAAAAUGAAUGCAGCUGCAUUGCUCAAAUUCCAGAAUAUCCCAGUAUUCCUAGAACAAACCAAUACAACUAUGAGACAAGUUUCCAAUCUAGCAGUCUCUAUCAUUUGAAGCAAAAUGGGGAGCAAAUUUCCUCUGAAGAUCAGAAAAGUAGAGCAAAAAUCCUAGAUGAGGUUACUCAAAGCAAGAUCAAUUUUGAAUAUGCCCAGCUGAAUAACCAAGCACUCUCCUAUUUAAAGGAUUUUGGUCUCAGCCCAAGUGACUCUGGCCCUGAGACAUCUCUUAGUAGACCAACAUUUUUACCUCUCUUUAACUCUGUCUGCCCAGACAUAGCUGGUACCUUCUCCCAGAGCUCCCACAGCACGGCUGUCUGUCUGUCUGAGUCACUGCAGCCUGAGGAAGCCAAGCAGUGCAGCCCAGGGCCCUGGAACUGUGCAGAGAGACCCUGCCAUGGCCUGGCUGCAGGGACUGCUCUGUCCCCUCUCCUAGAGGCAGUGGCCCGGGAUGCAGCAGUGACAUCCAGGAACCACCAGUGA